UCAAAAUGUCUGCGCUCGUUGUUUGUAGCCGGCUUCGAUUCUUACCCAUCGCAAAACGUGUUUCUUCAUUUUUACGAAGUGCAAACUUUAGACAAUACAAUAGUCAGCACACACAACUACAUCAGAAGAAUUUUGUGAAAAAUGUAUCACAAAUAAGUUUCAGAUGUGUUACAAGCAGUUCAUCCAUACCUGUUCCAGAGACUUCCAAGGUUGACCAGUUGUCCUUUGGAUUGGAAGCCAACCUGCGAAGAUUUGGACGUGUGUCAAGAAAUCAGCUCAAGAAUCUACUUCAAGAAAUUGACAGACAAGGAGUACCAUCAGAGCACAAUAUCCUCCUGGUUCUGAGGUGUUUUGGAGGUUAUUUGUAUGAUGAACAUCCCGAUGUAAAAGUCCAGCUAGCUGAGGAGUUCUGGAACAAACUGCAGAAUCAAGUGACCUUCAGUACACAAGACUACAAUGCAUUGCUGGCAGUAUACCUUCAAAAUGGCCACAAGUUUUCUCCAGAAGAAUUCCUGGCUAAAAUGGAGGCCAGUGGUGUCAAACCCAAUCGAGUCACAUUCCAGAGGCUAAUAGCCAGAUACUGUGAGCAAGGCGAUAUUGAAGGAGCAAAUAAGAUUCUGAGCCACAUGAAAUCCCUCGACCUGCCAAUCAAUGACCAGGUUUUCAACUCAUUCAUCACUGGACAUUUCAGAGCAGGAGAUCCUGCAAGUGCAAAUGAAAUUUUAAACAUAAUGGCACAAGCUGGUCUUGAGCCGACAGGGGACACGUAUGGAGCACUAAUGUGUGGAUAUGCUGAAAUGGGCGACGUUGAAGGCAUUCAGAAGGUUGUAGUGCAAGCAGAAACAGAAAGUGUGCAGUUACGACCAAGCCAUUUCCUCGAUGCACUCAUGGCUCUGGUUGAGUCAGGCCAUGAAAAGCAUGCUGAUAUGAUACUGAUGAUACUAAGCAAAAAGAUGGGUUUUAACCAGGAUGCUAUUGUCUACACAAAUCAGCUCCUGGCUAAAGGCUAUGACGAUGUUGCUUACAAGUUGUUUCUCACUAUGCCAAAACCUGUACAGCUGAAUUCACAGGAAGUCUCAGCAGGUCGAUUUCUUCUUCGAGCUCUCGCAAAGCAUCAACGGCCUGUGGACAAGGUGGCCGACAUAGUGCGAGAUAUGAAAGAGAUGCAACUUAACUGUGAUGAUCUCAGUGCAGUCGCCCAACUGGCAUUUAGCAUACAAAAUACAGAUUAUGCCAUGCAGAUUUUAGACAAAAUGAAGUCUGAGGGUGUUCCAGUUAAAACUCACUAUUUCUGGCCGGCCAUCUGCCAGUAUCGGGAUCAGAAGAACACUGACAAAUUAAUAGAGACUGUGACGAAGUUGAAACAGCUGGUUGAUAUUCCGGAAGAUAUGGUGUUCACUCUUCAUCAGUUCGUCAUACCAGCUCUUGUUUCCUUGAAGCAUGAUCCACAAGAGUUCUUUUCAAAGUUGGAGGCUGCUGGAUACAGUGCGGAAGAGGUGAACUUUUCACACUUCAUUUAUCUUCUUUCAAAGCAAAAACCUGAAGAGGCACUGCAGUUUGGAGAGGACAAACCCAUGUUUGUUGUAUUUGCUGCACUGAAAAGUGAGAUUUCAAACUUGAUGAGAAAUGGAAAGCUGGACUGGCGUCUGGGUUUCAAGCUUGUAACUCUUUGUGAGGGUAAACUCGACAAGUCGAUUGCGUUCUCUGACGUGUCAGGAGACAUACUGUGGCAGUUUCUCAGACAGAACGAGACUAACCCUGACUGGACUGAGGUGGAAGAAGUCCUCGAUACAAUGCUCACAAAUGGUCUUUUCAUCCGACGAAAUGAUAUUCUGGCAAGAUUUUUGAAAAAUGCUCCUGCCCAUGUCGUUGAGAAAUUUGAAUCCAUCACAAAAGACUUCAAGGGUACAAGAACACAAACCCUGUCAGACAAGUCUAUCGAUGAACUUCGAUCAGUCCUGGAUGGAGACACUGAAAAUGUAGCUGCAAAGAAAUGGCUGUUAAUAAAAGCUUGUUCUGUUGGGAAUGUUUCUGAAGCUGAGAAACUUCAAGCUGAACUUGACCAGCAAGGAUUUGUUUACCCAGCCCUUGUCACACGACAACUAGCAUUUCUCUACUCAACCUUCAGCAAAGAUUUUGAGAAGGCAAUGAUAUAUUUUAACCAGUUAUUAUCUGAGCAUCCAACAUUCAACAACUAUUCCAGAGUUGUUCUCAGCAUUUCUGGUCUUCUGCUGGAACAAGGAAAAGCAGAAGAGGCAAUUUCCAUGUUGAAAGAGCAUGGUGACAAGAUCUUGAUGGUCGAAAGCUCUGAUGACGUUACUUCCACCUUUAUAUUCAAGCAGCACUGCGGCCUGCUUGUGAAGGCAGCCAUUAAGCAUGACGUGGAUUCAGCGUACCAAGUGAUGGAGGCACUGUUCGAACAUGGCUACUCGAAGAAAGACUCGUGGGAAGUGAAUGAUGCAUUUGUGGAAGGACUUAUUGAACUGGGUGAUCCUGAUGUUGUGUUAGCAAAUAUGACAAAAACAUUUCUGAAGGACCGAAAAGUGCCCAAUAUACAUGCUGUGUUUUGUAUGCUGAUCCAAAAAGAAGAUCCAGAAAAGCUUCAGAAAGUGGUUGACAUGGUGACAGAAAUACAUGGAGAGAUGAAUGUCCUUCAUGAUUUGAUGGCAGCUUUUGUCGACUGCGGAGAUCUCAAGAAAGCUAGGAAAAUUCUGGAGACUCCAGGUUUGAGAGCUAGAAUGCCAAGAUUAGUGUUUGCUUGUAACCGCUUCAUUAGAGAAAAAAAGCUCACAGCACUGGAAAAUUUGGUUAACAUUACAAGAGAUUUGUUUGACGUUGACAGGGAUGAAAUGCUCUUCCAUCUUAUGAGAGGCUAUGUUUUCAAUGGUGACGUGGACAAAAUGCUGGCUGUUCUGGAUCAGUUUGAAGAAGAGAAUGUCCAACCCAGUAACCGCACCCUGCUGUAUUUGGCCAGAGAAUGCAAGAAAGCUGGGAAAGUGUUGCCAGAUCAUUUACAGAAACAAGCUGAAUCACUGCUACAGCAACAAGUGCAGUUCAAACCACAACCCAGGCAACAGCAAACUGAGAAUGUCGGUCGUCCUAGAGUAGAAAUUCACCUAAACUCUGUUGACAAUGAAGCUCUGCAGUUUAUAAUUAAUAAUGACUUUGAGCAUUUUGAAUCAUUACGGAAAAGAGUUGAACAAAGUGAAAAUCCAGUAAAAUUAGUCAACAUUGUGAAGGCCUUAUUGAUGCAGAAAAAAUUUACUGAUCUGCGAGGCUUGUUUCGAUAUUUAGGUCAAAAGGGUGAUCUUGAAAGUCUGUUGCUGAUGAAGAACGAGGGUUUGAUCACAGGAAGGCUGAAGCUAGCUCUUCACCCACACAUUGUUCAGGCCUACAUUGAAAGAGAUCAAAUUCCAGAAUGCAUGCAGUAUCUGAGGGACAAUGUAGAUGACAUGGACACCCAUAUUACCAGUUUUAAUGUCAGAGAUCUUGCUGCCAAGUCACCGGAACAUCUCAGUGAAGUUGAAGAAAUGGCAGUUAAACUGGCUGACAAUAAGAACGAGUUACGACCAUUAGGAGCAGUUUGGUCAUCUUACUACUUGACAGAUUCCAAAAAGGCAGAUGAACUUUUAGAGAAAUAUCCUGGAUUACUGAAACACUUGAAUUCAGUGUUUGUUGCUGCUGUGGCCAGCAGUCUAGGCAGAGCAGAUUUGUUGACGUCUUUACUAAACAUGCACAGACAACACGGCUUGAAGAAACUCCCAUUUGUGUACAGUCAUCUCAUUGGUGUACAAUGUGCAAAUGAGGACACUGAAGCGGUACAGGAAAGUCUGAAACAGCUUCGGGCCGAUGGGCUGGAUGUUUCCAAUCUGAAGCGAAAGGCCAUCGUUAUGAUGGAAGAACUUUUCACCAAGAACAACAUACCAGUGACGUGGGACGUCACCCCUCCAAAGAGAGAGUCCUCAUCCAGUUCCGAUUCCAGUUCGUCAGAUGAUGAAAAGAAGCAAUGAAAGUCGCUGAACGACUCCACAAUUAACACUGUCAAUUGUGUUCUAUACUGUAUCAUGUCUGGACUUUACAAAAGGAAAUGAUAUGGAAAACAGUGAUGAAAAAAUGGAGACAAGGAAUUAAUAUGUUUUUUCCAUUGUGCCUGAAUGUUAUGUUAAGUGUUAGUAUGACAAGCAAAAUUACUCAAGAACAAUGGACAUACAGGUUUUGCCUUUUGAUGUCUACAUUGUUUAUAUUUACAGAUGAGGGAAUACUGUAAAACACGAAAUUAAUAUGAACAGAAAAUAAUGCGAGAGCAAAACCUAACCAGAAAUGUGUGUAUUAAUUAAUGCAAGAUCUGUCAUUUAUUCAUUCAUUUCAAGUUAUUUUUCAUGCUUUUAUCCAAUUAAGGGUCAGCUAUGCUGUUCUGGGCACACACACCUCAGCUAUCUGGGCUGUCCGUCCAGGACAGUGUAUUAGUGGUUUGUUGUUAGUGUGAAAGAAGUCUUGUGUAGUGGUUUUACACCUAUCCAUUGAGUUGUUAAAACUUGCUCUGGGUGGGAGAGAGUACUGGGCUGCGAACCUGGUACCUAGGAGCCUUAUGUCCGAAGACUUAACCACGACACCACCGAGGACUGUUAACAUGGUUUUUAGUUUUUAGCAAAAUACUUACUGUCAUAUGGUUUCCAGUAUGUUUGUGAUAUAACAGCUAAAAAAACACCUUUCAUUUUAAAAGUCAAAACUGAAACAAGGUUGAUUAGUAGAUGCUAGAGUUACACAAGCAGAGUUUGAGAUGAAUGCAGUUCGUUCCAUCUGGAUGCAACAGAUAUCUUCAACAAAUGGAUCGGUGCCUGAUGGUGAUGUUAAAACCAUGCUUAACCAACUGGUAUCGGAUCUUCGAGUGGUGAACCAUUUGAAGAACAACAGUAGUAAAGAUAUUCCUCUUGACAUGAGUAUUAGUUUCCUAAAAUCCAUUCAUGCCCAGUGAAUAGUGGUCUGUUUGGAAACCUUCAUUGAAGACAAAGACUGUGAAACGAGUUUGGUUGAAAGGCAGUGUUUUGAACUAACAUUACAACUUGUUCUUUACAGAGUUGUACUUUGCAAAGCUGACAUAGGCCGUUAUUGACCAACUGACUGUUUAAUAAGGUGAAAUAGAACUUAACUGUUCAUUGGGCUAUAUACAGGUUUUUAUUUUACUUCUGGCCUGGUGCUUAUAAAACUUUUAGAGUCUUGACUCGAGAUACUAAUGUCAUGACAAGGUCAUACAAAUUGUAUGCGUAUUACGUCAUUAGAGAUCGAGUCUGGACCCUAAACAUUUUAUAAGCACGGGGCCCAGCUUAUUGUUAAAAACAUAAAUGCAUCGGUUUACCUUCUCGCAUUUUUCAUAUUAAUUUUUCUCGAGCAUUAAUUUCAUAUUUUACAGUAGUUGAAUGCGAGUAGAUUAUGGAUGGGAGAAUUUGAAACCACCAUUUAUUGUAUAGUUUUAUUUCAGUGUAGUAUAAAUUAUAUUCAAUUUAAUUGUGAUGUAACUACACGUCGAAAAGUGCACAGACUUUAUAUAUGUUUAUAGAUGUGUGGAAAACAGUAUCUUGUGAUAUUUAUUACUGACUGAAGUGAGUGAAGAGUGAGUUUAUGUAGUGCUAAAAUCAUGAUAAAGUUUGAAGUCUUUUUAUUAGUCCCCUACCGGUCCAACCGGAGGGGACUAUAGGUUUCAUCUCCGUUCUGUCCAUCUGUCCCACAUGAAAGUUAUCUGGAUGUUUUUUUUCGCAAUGCCUCAAAAUACCAAGCUGAAAUUUUAUGUAUAAUUUUUUCCCAAUGUAUUGUUACAGUCAGUGUUGACUUUCAGAGCAAUUUACCCAUUUUUCAUAGUUACGUCCCUUGAAUUUGGGAGAUAGGAAAAUUUGUGAGGCCCAGUAGGGGACAUGUAUUGCUUUAGCAUUGUUCUCAGAAUUGUUUAUUUACAUUUCUUUUCUUUUUUUGUGUUUUGUUUUUUUACUUUGUAAAUUAAUAUAGCAGUAUAGCAACAUAGAAUAAUAGUAAUUCAGUUUUUAUGUGAUUAGAGCAAAGCUGUCACAUACAUAAUUAAUUUACACUACUGUACACCUAUGUAAUCAGUUAUAUUUCAAGACACGUUUCCUGUACCUGUAACUUACCUGGUUGUAGCAUUUCAGAUGAGUGGUUUCACUUGUAGUUAGUAUGCAUCUGCAUGUUCAAAAUAUUUAUGCCUUAUCUUGCUAAACAAUAAAAUUAAACAAUUUUAUGUUCUCUGCAUUGUUUCAUGUAAAUACAUGACAUUCAAUAUAUUCUCAAUAAUAAAUCAUUAUUGUGUGCCAUUCUGACCAGUCACUGUUAAUAGUUAACUGGCAUAUUUUUAUUGUGCAAGCUUAGAGACAAACCAACUGCUAACCACUAUCCUUGAACAGUCACUGUUAAUAGUUAACUGGCAUAUUUUUAUUGUGCAAGCUUAGAGACAAACCAACUGCUAACCACUAUCCUUGAACAGUCACUGUUAAUAGUUAACUGGCAUAUUUUUAUUGUGCAAGCUUAGAGACAAACCAACUGCUAACCACUAUCCUUGAACAGUCACUGUUAAUAGUUAACUGGCAUAUUUUUAUUGUGUAAGCUUAGAGACAAACCAACUGCUAACCACUAUCCUUGAACAGGGCCCGAGCUUAUAAAACUUUUAUAGAGUCCAGACGCAAUCUCUAAUGAUGUCUCACACACAUAAAAUGUAUAUGGUGUUGUCAUGACAUUAUUACUGUUUUAUACUCUUUUAUACUCUAAUAUAUUAGUCUCGAGUCUAGACUCUAAAAGAUGUAUAAGCAUCAGGCCAGUUAUUGAAUAUUGAAUUUCAGCUUGUCGCACCACAAUAAUCUGAUUCCACAGUUAUCAAAUUGGGUGAUUUAACAUGGAAUUACACAUAAAGCAUGUGAAAGUUAAAAUGCCACUAAACGUUCAUCGCAAGAUGUUUUAGUAAGGGGUAAAAAUCUUUUUUGACACUACCAGGUAAAUUAAAAUGAAUCUUCAAACAUUUUAUAUAUCUCUGUGUUGAUGUCUGGAUUGAUGUCGGUUACACGUUUUAAACUAAUGGAGGAAAUUGUGUUAAUUCAGUUACGAUUUCUUUUGUAUGUGCUCAUCAUCAUAUAAUAAAAAUUAACAGUUUG